GUAACCCUAGCAAAACAUUAACGUGGUUCAGACGAACACGUGCGAUAUUCUGUAUGUUUUAAUGUUUAUUGCGCCAUGAAUUAAACAGGGCUAUAUAACAAGAACGACAUUAUUUGGAUACAAUUAAUUUGAAACAGCUGCCAGCCAUGGCAACUUCUCUUGCACAACAGCUGAAAAGCUUGAGGACACCACAAACAAGUCUCGUAUAUGAGAAGAAGAAAGCUUCAAUUCUUUUCACAGAGCCAGAAGCUGCAUCUUAUGACCGGGAUGUCUAUUAUGAUAUUGGUCAGGCAGGUUUUCAAGACCUACUGGAGAUCAACAAUGAAUUUAGAAAGUUCAAAGACCCCCUCUUUGGGAAGGCAGCACGUGAUCUCCAGAGAGCUGUAGAAACCAAAGAGGUAAACCAGAAGCUUGAUGAUGCCAUUGAAGGCUUCCUUCUCCUACUUUCACCCUACUUGGAAAAACAAGCAUCUUUGAAAGCAUUGGAGUGGCUGAUUCACAGAUUUAUGAUCAAUGAAAUGAAUAUCCCAGCGCUCCUCAUGUGCAUCUUUCCCUACUACGAAUCUGCACUCUUCAUUCGCAUUCUUCAAAUCAUUCCCCUCUCAGACCAUUGGCUAUUUCUGGUGGGACCAAAGAAGAAGGGCUUCCCUGUAGCCAAGCAUACAGUGUUUAUGGAGUGGGGCAAGAACCAGGGCUUCAGAUCUUUCCUUGCUAAAUAUCUGAAGAAGAUGUGUACAGUACACAAUAAGGAGGCCAAUCUGAAGAUAGCAAUUGCAUUCUACACAUCCACAGUCAUUGGAGGUCUUUGUUUGCAGGAAGUGGUACAAGAAUGGCAUAUCUCAUACAUUAUAAAGUCCCUCCCAACCUGCCUAAAGUCACCUCAUACAGAGCUGGUGGCAGGGAUGUACUUCAUCCUGGUGCAGUUGUCCAUCAAAGUUAAGCUUAAUCAGGAUCUUCUUGAUAGAGUGAUGGAACUAAUGAUUAGUGAGAAUAAUCCACCUACAGCUUUAAAGCGUGAGUGUAUGUUAACACUGCUAGUAAUAUUUCACCACCAAGAAAUGACAAAUCUGAGCCCUGCACUGGUGGAAAGGUUAGAUGAGAAGCCUGAGCUCCUUCAGCAGGUGGAAGAGCAGGCCAAGAUAAAGAGUGUUGCACCGUUCAUGUCUGCUUAUGUUGCAGCAUAUAUCAAGUGGCUGUGCAAUGAAGCAUGUGAAUUGAAGACACCUGUAAAACAGAAGAAAUUUGCUCACCUUCUACAACUAAUUGGAAGGAUGCCUCUUUCAAGUUCUGAUGCUGCAGAAGUAAUAUGGAGUGUGUUUGAAGCAGUUGAAGACAAUUAUGAUCAUAUUAAGGAAAUGGCAACCAUGAAUUUGGGUUCAGCUAUUAACCAACUGGAGGUCAAUCACACAGAAGGUUACAGUCAAGCCAUGGCAAAGUUGAUCAGCUGGAAUGAUAUGCAUGUUGGCAAGAAGUACAAGUUGAUUUUAAAGAAGGUUCUGAACACCCAAGAUGGAGGUAGUGGUAUCAGCUUCACACACUUGGUCCAUCCUGAUGACAAAGUCCGCCUAGCUGCUGCAGAGAAUUUUGCUGAGAAAGUCAACAAGGGUUUGGAGAAUGAUGAAAAAAUGAUCAAGAUGCAGAUGACAAAUAUGCUAAAUGAUGAAUACCCAGCUAUAGUCUCUGUGGCUUUGUCUCUUGAGAAUGGCAUACAUAUGCUAGAGACUUCAUUCGCUAUGGAAAAGUGUGAAGAACUUUUAGAGAGGGUCCAGAGCCACCAUGAGAAGUGGGGAGAUAUACAGAUACCAUGUCUGAGGGUAUUAUGUCAAACCCUUUCACCAAAGUUUGACAAAGAUCAGCUGAUGAAUGUCCUGUUCAUUUGUCUUCCAUAUGUGCUGUUCCCCAAGAGUCAUGACUAUGCUGCUGCUAAGAUGAUUCUGAAAUCAAAGAUGACUGUUUGCAGUCCUUUCCUGGCAGCCUUGGCUAUGGAACUAAGUCCUUUGUUGAUGAACCUCAAGCAAAAGCAAUACCUUCGAAAGAUCAUGACUGUUGUCCCAAAGGCCAUCAGUGAGUUAUCAAAAGAAGAACAGGUGGCCUUGUGGUCAUAUGUAGAAAAAUAUUUAGCUUCUCAGCACAGCCAGCUCGGGUGCUUUGUCUCUCUUGUUUUGCUUCGCUGUGGUUUAGUCAGCGAUAAGAUGGAGGAUGAUAUUCGCUUGAAAUUAGCACACAAGAUUGUCGAUGCAUGUCAGGCUGGAUUGGAUUCUGAUAUUAAGGCACCAUCUGAUAAAACCAAGGAUAUGGAAGGGAAGAAUGACCAUGUCGAACUUGCAUUUUGUCUGGAGGCUGCACGGAAGGGAUCCCUAACUCUCCCAUUUUUGACAUGCUGUUUAAAGCAAGCACUGCAAGUCUUCAAAUUACCUGCUGCAUGCACUACAACCACAUUCUGGACACCGUUCAUGGAGGAUGUAGAAGAAGGAAACAUUCUUCUCCUUAUAAAAGCUCUGAGAAGUGCAAUACAAUUGGAGAGAUUUGAAGAUAUUGGUACUGCCUUUAGAGAUAAUUUGGUAGUGGUUAUCCUGAAAGAUUCUUUAAAAACUAUAGAAAACAGAUACUACUUCCUUGCCAUGAUCUGGGGAUGGCAUUCCUCUCUCUCUGAACUUGUUGAUGAAACUCUGCAGGUGUGGAGUUUAAAACUUGGAUCAUCACUACUAAAGUCACAGUCUGCCAGCUUAGCUUGGGCACUCAGCACAACACAGCCCUUGGUGCCUUCCCUCCUGUCAGCACUUACCAAUGCCAGCAAACUCGUGCGGUGUGAGGCCAUGGGCUGUGUGAAGGAGCUGACCAAAAUUGUAGGUGGUGGUUUAUCUCAGGACAACCACAAUCUGCUAUUAAAGACACUUCUCAAGCACGAUGAGGAACUUAUUGCUGAUGAGAGCCAUUGUUCACUGAUACUAUCUGAAUUUGGGGACAAACCAUCUUCAAAAGGAUUGCAGAUAAUUCAGGGGUUGCUGGAGGUUGUGACAUCUGAGCAUAUAUCACUGCAUCUUAAGGUUCCCAUUCAAUAUAUAUUGAUUGGCAUUACCAAUACAAGUGUGCUGCUGAAUCUUCUGCCACUUGCCAACAGUAUAUUUGUAAAGAUAGCAUCCCUAAAACCUGAUGCAAAGUUAGAUGUGCCAAGCUCACUUUCUCUCUACUACAUUCUGCUGUGCUUCACCCCAACCACUUCAGGGGUUCUUGAGACAGAAGCUGGCUGGGAUGUUUUUAUAAAAGCUAUCAACUGCUCAGCAACAGUGCUGAACCUUCACAAGGAAAUUGUGUCUCCUCAGAGCAUAUUGAUGGACCAAGUCAUGAGUCGUAAAUUCUUCACGAGUAUUGCAACAGAGGAGGUGCAAGCCAGGCUUUGGAGCAUUCUCAUCAGUCGUGUAGCAGAAUCUGAAAACCCAUAUGAGGCUGCCCAGCUGCGUAAAGGGCUAAGGAAAGUGAGCCUGGAUGCAGGAGUGAUCAUCACUAAGAUAGAAAGUCUCCAGCUUUCCACAAAAGCCACUUCCAUCCGGGCAGCUCAAGCUAAGAGGAUUAAGCAAAAAGUUCAAAAGGAUCAAGAGAACAACUUGCUUUCAUGGAAGAAGCUGGGUCUGAUGCUUGAAACCAUUGGUGUGAUGGCAUCCCUGGGUCGCCCCUGGCUCUUGGUUGGUCCUUUGUGUCAGUGUCUCCAUCAAACCUUCACAAAAGACCUUGUUAUCACAGAGAUUGUGCAGCAGCAGCUUCUGUCUGCAUUGCUUCAUCUUCUCCAGAAGUCCAUGGCAGAGAAAGGAGAAGACAUCAGCAAAGACGUCCAGUUAAAUGUUGAACUAAUAGUCCAGUGCAUCCGGUCCUCUGCAAGCCCUGACACUCACCGGCGUGCAAUGCUGGUCCUUGCUGUAGCAGCAAAAAUAUUCCCAGAUGUUGUGAUGCACAAUAUGAUGUCAAUCUUCACCUUUAUGGGUACUUCUCUCCUGAGACGUGAUGACUCGUAUUCCUUCCAAGUGAUUCACCAGACUAUCCAGAGUAUUGUUCCCACACUCAUUAAGUGUGAAAAGAAGGAAAAGAUUGAGGUUAAACUUGCUCAAGUGUGUCAAGUUUUUGUUGAUGCUCUGCCAGACCUCCCUGAGCACCGCCGCCUGCCUCUUUUCUCACAGCUUGCAACUACAAUAGAUGUAGAGCAAAAUCUGUGGCUGCUUGUGGCUCUCAUGUGUGACAUCCAUGUUAUCAAAGGCACUGCAAAUGAAGCUUCAAUGCCCAAGGAUGAGGAGAAAAAAGGAGUGCCCCAGAAUGUCCAAUUUGCCCUGAUGCUUACUAGCCAGUUCUCUGGUGUGACACAGGUCCACGCCUGUUGUAAGCUGAUGGAGUACAUAAUCAACCUCCCAGAAGAAAAAGAAGAGGAGGGAACACAGGAGGCAGAUGAUAUUAUUAACUGGAAAAUUCACUCAACAAAACAGUUAUGCCAUUUUAAGUACACUUGUAUUGGUUUCAUGUCGCAUCUGUUGUCCUCUGAAAGCUUUAUUGGCCAGGUGUGUGAUAAGCCAGAAGGUCUUGAUGGGGAGCUUCAGGAACUCUAUCAGCAGCUCCUUGAAAAAACAAUGUGUUUCCUACGGACUGUGAAUGAGUUGUGUGAUACCAACAAAGAAAAACCUUCUGGUAAAUUCUGGAGUUCCUUACAACGGAAAGUAAUCUCCGUGUUAGAUGGAAUCAAUGCAGUUCUGCCUCCAAACAUGUUGUUAAAGGUUGUAGAUGGCCUGAUGAAAUCACCCUUGCCAGUGGUCAGGUGCAGGGCCAUUGAGUUGCUCUGUGCAAAGCUUCAGCCAAAUGCAAACUUCUUCAGGGCAGACAAUGUGGAGGACCUAUUGCCUUUCAUGGAUGCACUGCAAAAGAUUGGCUUCCCCUCUGAUGAACUUGUAGAGACAAGGCAGACCAGUCUUUACGGUCUCCAGCUGCUCACAAAGUUCCUUUCUGCGCACGUUGAUGCUAGAGUCCUGGAACCUGUACUGAAUCUGAGCAUCAGGAUGGUCUGUUGGGGAAAUGUUCCAGACAGGAUUGUGACACAAGCACUCUUAGUUGUGGCCGAGUCAGUGGCUGCACUGAAGGCUAUUGUAGUUCCUCGUCUUGGUCGCCUAUUACCUGCUAUCCUCAAAGUACUCAAUGAAAACCAAGAAGCAGAUUAUCGUCUCCUAGCAGCUCUCACAGCCAUACACAAGCUUGUAGAGAAUGUGCCACAGUUCCUGUCUCCCUACUUGACUCCUCUUGUAUGUUGUGUGUGCCGCCUUUGUGCCUUAAAGGAAGACCCAGCUUCAAAGGAAUCACGAUUGCAAAUUAGGCUUGCUGCAGUCCGAGAUUUGUUGUCAGACCACAUUGAGCCUCGCAUUUUUAUACCUUGUCUUACCCAGGCAUAUGAGAAGUUAGCAGAAAAUGACAUCCCUGCAAUUCAGUUCUUGCUAGCAAUUGCAGAAAACCUAAUAUCCAGAACUGAUAACAAAACUCUGACUGUUCACAUGCCAGUGCUUCUUAACUUGUUCUCAAAAACUUUAGAAAUAAGAACUCAAAAGGGAGACUCGGAAGUUAUCAUUAAGGUGGAGACAAGCAUAAUUUCAACAAUGGUCAGAUUGCUGCUUCGGCUCAAUGAACACGACAACAUGGCUAUCUUCAACUCCCUGCAGAGAUGGGCAGUUGAUUCAUCUGAUGAUGAACCCACCAGAUUGAUUACUUUCUAUCGGUUUGCUGAUCAAUUAGUGGGCACUCUGAAGGUGCUCUUCAUAAAGGCAAAAUUAGCAGAUAGUUUAUAUAGCCAUGCAGUGGCCAUGCUGGAGAGAAACAACUCGCUCAACCACCAUAGCACUAUAUUUGGAAGUGAUGAAGAUGCUGAAAAGAAAUCAUCAGAUCUCAUCAGUGUUAUCUUGGAUACACUUACCAAAGUGUUUAUGUAUGAUUCUGUCAACUUCAUAAAUCAAGAACGGUUUAAGAUGAUGGUUAAACCACUGAUUGACCAGCUCGAGAACAAACAUGGAGGAGAAGAGGCCUACAAGGACCGUGUGAGCAACCACUUGAUGCCAUGUGUAAUUAAAUUCACUGUGGCAACUGCCGACGACUCAUUAUGGAAGGAACUCAACAGUGAGAUUCUCAAGAGAGUUAGAAAUGAAGAUGAUACCCCGGUAAUUCUUGCAGCACUCACUACUUUUGAAGGUCUUGCGGACAGCCUUGGUGAAGACUACCUCCAACCUCUGCUAGCAGAUACAAUGCCCUACAUCACAGAGGUUCUUGAGAAUGUAGAUGAUGAUGUAGAGGAAGCUUCUAGGAAUGUGUUUUCCAAGAUGGAAUCUAUACUGGGGGACAAUUUAAGAGCAUAUCUAAAUGAGUAACUGAAUACUGUGUAGGUAAUAAAUUUGGUACAAAAAAUAA